GCUAGACAAGAAGCCCGCGCAUCCGGGCAAGGGAUGAUGACGUCGUCCUUCAAGAGCGAUGGCGCCGCGGCGGCAGAGAUCAGGCUCUGGAAGGCGAGUGUUGUUUCAGUAAAGUUAGAUCAUCUUCAUAGUGCAGUAAUUCUUGGUAUAUUGUUCUUGCCAUAAGUGCUAAAUGAAGCCAAGAAAGUUGAUAAUGGCAACAAAGCAACAGAAGACGACUCUCCUCCUGGCAAGAAGAUGCGCACGUGCCAGAGAAAAGGGCCUAUGGCUGGAGGGAAGGACGCAGACAGGACAAAAGACAAUCGAGACUCUGUGAAGACCUUGCUGUUAAAGGGCAAAGCCCCUGUGGACCCAGAGUGUGCAGCCAAGCUGGGAAAGGCUCAUGUGUAUUGUGAAGGAGAUGAUGUCUAUGAUGUCAUGCUAAAUCAAACCAAUCUCCAGUUCAACAACAACAAGUACUACCUUAUUCAGCUGUUAGAAGAUGAUGCCCAGAGGAACUUCAGUGUUUGGAUGAGGUGGGGCCGAGGUAAAGGCUUUCUGAUGGGUUGAUGAGUUGUUGUUCAGAAUCACAGAGGCUACGCAGUGAGUGGGCUUACGUCUCCGCGUGACUCAGGAAUGCACAUGGGCUUUUGAGGUUGAGGGGUGUCAGGCAUCCACAUUGGGGUGCUUGGCGAAGCUGAGACGACCCCUGUACUGGACUGACAGUACUGCUUAUAUAUAGGCUGUGACACUUAGCAGUCAUUAGUAUCAGCAUGAUCGCUUGCCUAAGCCCUUUCACCUUUCUCUCCUCUUUCCUGCCUAUUAGUCAGAUAGUAAGCAGAGAGACCAUAGAGAGAUGGCUCGUUACUACUGGAGAGCUACACUCAGGGUCUAGGGCAAGGAACCCUCCUAUGUGUGCAUUUACUUUGCAGUUGGAAAGACGGGGCAGCACAGCUUGGUGACUUGUUCUGGUGACCUCAACAAAGCAAAAGAAAUAUUUCAGAAAAAAUUCCUUGACAAAACUAAAAACAAUUGGGAGGACCGUGAGAACUUUGAAAAAGUACCUGGAAAAUACGACAUGUUACAGAUGGACUAUGCUGCCAGCACGCAGGAUGAAAGUAAAACAAAAGAAGAGGAAACUUUGAAGCCUGAGUCUCAGCUGGAUCUUCGAGUCCAGGAGCUGCUAAAGUUGAUCUGUAACGUGCAGACCAUGGAAGAAAUGAUGAUUGAGAUGAAGUAUGACACCAAGAGAGCCCCGCUUGGUAGGACUCAGACUCUGUGCAGCCCCUCAGGGUCCUGUCUCUGCAUGAGCAGUCUCAUCGAUAGCUAAGGAAAGCUGACAGUGGCGCAAAUCAAGGCCGGUUACCAGUCUCUCAAGAAGAUUGAGGACUGCAUCCGCGCUGGCCAGCAUGGGCGAGCGCUUGUUGAAGCGUGCAAUGAAUUCUACACCAGGAUCCCUCAUGACUUUGGGUAAGGUUGUGCUGUCUCUUUAUCCUGCUCUUCUACUCACCUUUUAUGCCCUAAGCAGCUGCAGAGGCUAUGGUCCUCUUAAACUUGUAUUUGUCACCUUAAAUAAAAUUGGAUCCAAUGUGAUUUGUAGCUAGCUUAGAAUAAGGGACGGCAGCACUCAGGAGGCAGGAGAGGCUGCCUCAUGAGUUUGAGGCCAGCUUUAACUCUAUCUCAAGGAAAGUUUUAAAAUAAAAGAAAUAUGGGACAUAAUUUCCCAACUUUUUUUUUUUUUUUUUUUUUGGUUUUUCGAGACAGGGUUUCUCUGUAUAGUCCUGGCUGACCUGGAACUCACUUUGUAGACCAGGCUGGCCUUGAACUCAGAAAUCCACCUGCCUCUGCCUCCCGAGUGCUGGGAUUAAAGGCAUACACCACCACGCCCAGCCAAACUUAUUUUUUUUUUAAGAUUUAUUUAUUUAUUAUAUGUAAGUACCCUGUAGCUAUCUUCAGACACUCCAGAUGAGGGCGUCAAAUCUCAUUGCAGAUGGUUGUGAACCACCAUGUGGUCAUUGGAAUUUGAACUCAGGACCUUCGGAAGAGCAGUCAGUGCUCUUACCCACUGAUCCAUCUCUCCAGCCCCAACUUAUUAUAACCAUAUUCUUGACCAAGUGAAAGUUACCAACUCAAGAGAGAAUGGACCCCUGGCCCCACAAAAUAAAAUAAAAUAAAACCUUAAAAUGCAAAAACAUGAAAAGUCUAUAUCUAGCCACUGUGUGAAACACCUUGCAAACCCCGUCCCUUCUGUUCUUUAAGGGGACUAUAGUUACACAAAUACCACUUUUCUGAAUCUAAAUGAUUGGUAUUAAAUGAAGAAAACACAUUUCUGCCCUUUAUUUGUGUGUGUAUAUGUGUGUGGUCCUGGGGAUUGAACCUAGGCCUUGUGCAUGUUACCUGAGCACUUUCCCACAGAGCUGUAGCCUCACUCAAUCCAUUUGUCAUACUGGUUUUCAUUGUUUCCAUUUAAAAUAGCUCUGAAUGCUCAAAGGACUUACCUCUUCUAGAUUGUAUUCAGACUUCCUUAUUGAUGUCAAUGUAGCUUUUUAAAAAAAGAUUUAUUUAUCUUUUUUAUGUAUAUGAGCACACGAUAGCUGUCUUCAGACACAUCAGAAGAGAGCAUCAGAUCCCAUUACAGAUGGUUGUGAGACACCAUGUGGUUGCUAGGAUUUGAACUCAGGACCUCAGGAAGAGCAGUCAGUGCUCUUAACCGCUGAGCUAUCUCUCCAGCCCAAUGUAGCUUAUUUUUAAUAAGGAUCCCAUAAAGAAAUUUCUACUCUAGUCUCUUAACAUGAAAAUCUAAAUAGUUUGUUUUUUCUCUUUAUAUGCUUGGGCUUUGAAGUCUUCACAGGUCUCUCUCUUUCAAAUAGGUAAUCUUAUUUUUGUUUCUUUGUUUUCUUUCCUUUUAAAGUUUUUUUAUUUGUUGACUUGUUUGUUUGUUUGUUUAUUGUGAGACAAAGUUUCUCUGUGUAUUCCUGGCUGUCUUGGAACUCACUCUGUAGACCAGACUGGACUUGAACUCAGCUCACAUAGAUCCUCCUACCCUUCCUCCUGAGUCUGGGAUUAAAGGUGUCCACCACCAGGACCAGCUCUUUCCUUUUCUUUUUAGUAAGAAGAAAACUCUCAGUUUCCCAGAGGACCUAUUCUUUAGCCAUGCAUCUCGUAUCUACAGAUCUGACUGCUCACUGUGCUUGUAUCUCUGUCCUUAGACUCUCCAUCCCUCCAGUAAUCCGGACAGAGAAGGAACUGUCAGACAAAGUAAAACUGCUAGAGGCAUUGGGAGACAUUGAAAUUGCCCUUAAACUGGUGAAGUCAGAGCGCCAAGGCCUAGAACACCCACUGGACCAACACUAUAGAAACCUACACUGUGCUUUGCGUCCUCUGGACCAUGAAAGUAAUGAGUUUAAGGUGAUUUCUCAGUACCUACAGUCUACGCAUGCUCCUACACACAAGGACUAUACUAUGACCUUGCUGGAUGUUUUCGAAGUAGAGAAGGAAGGGGAGAAAGAGGCCUUCAGGGAGGACCUUCCUAACAGGAUGCUGCUCUGGCAUGGAUCCAGGCUGAGUAACUGGGUGGGGAUCCUGAGCCACGGGCUUAGAGUUGCCCCACCUGAGGCUCCCAUCACAGGUUAUAUGUUUGGAAAAGGAAUCUACUUUGCUGACAUGUCCUCCAAGAGUGCCAAUUACUGCUUUGCCUCUCGCCUAAAGAAUACAGGAUUGCUUCUUCUGUCAGAGGUAGCUCUAGGUCAGUGUAAUGAACUACUGGAGGCCAAUCCUAAAGCACAAGGAUUGCUUCGGGGCAAGCAUAGCACCAAGGGGAUGGGAAAGAUGGCUCCCAGCCCUGCCCACUUCAUCACCCUGAAUGGGAGUACAGUGCCCUUAGGACCAGCAAGUGACACAGGAAUUCUCAAUCCAGAGGGGUACACCCUCAACUACAAUGAGUUUAUUGUUUAUAGCCCCAACCAGGUCCGUAUGCGAUACCUUCUAAAGAUUCAAUUUAACUUCCUGCAGCUAUGGUGAAUGUUGAUCAGACAAGCCAGAGAGAAUAUAAUCUUCAAACAAAAACCAAGCAAUAUUAUGUUCUUGAACUUUUUGAUAUUUUGUUUAAUAAAAUAGUAUAAAUCUGU